AUGGACAGCGAGGCCUUCCAGAGCGCGCGGGACCUUCUGGACCUGAACUUCCAGUCGCUGGCCAUGAAGCACAUGGACUUGAAGCAAAUGGAGCUGGACACAGCGGCGGCCAAGGUGGACGAGCUGACCAAACAGCUAGAGUCGCUGUGGUCAGACACGCCGGCGCCUCCCGGCCCCCAAGCUGGAGCCCCCUCUAGGCUGUCCCGGUACAGCUCCGGACCCGUCCCAGACCCCUUCAGCAGCCGCGGGUCCUCUCCUCGGAAGGCGGCCACCGACAGCUCAGAUGCACCGUUCGGACGGUCCGAGAGCGCCCCAUCCCUGCUCCCUUACAGCCAGCUGUCCCCCAAGGGCCGGCCCUCGUCGCCCCGUACCCCGCUCUACCUGCAGCCGGACGCCUACAGCAGCCUGGACCGCGCGCCCUCGCCCCGGCCCCCGCGCGCCUUCGACAGCUCGGGCAGCUCCCUGGGCCGCGCGCCCUCCCCGCGCCCCGGAUCGGGCCCGCUGCGCCAGCAGGGUCCCCCCACUCCUUUCGACUUCCUGGGCCGCGCCGGGUCGCCACGGGGCAGCCCCCUGGCAGAGGGACCCCAGGCCUUCUUCCCUGACCGGGGACCCUCGCCACGUCCCCCUUCCUACGAGGCACAGGCGGCCUUCGGGAGCCCUCUGUUGGGUGCCGGCGGUAGCGCCUUCGCGCCCCCUCUGCGAGCUCAAGAUGACCUGACGCUGCGCCGGCGGACGCCCAAGGCCUGGAACGAGUCAGACCUGGAUGUGGCGUAUGAAAAGAAAUCUUCACAGACUUCCAGCUACGAGCGACUGGAUGUCUUCACACGGCCCGCCUCCCCCAGCCUGCAGCUGUUGCCCUGGAGAGAGAGCAGUUUGGAUGGGCUAGGGCCCUCUGGCAAGGACAAUCUCACCAGCGCCACCUUGCCCCGCAAUUACAAAGUGUCCCUUCUAGCCAACGACAGGCGUUCGGAUGUAGGCAGCUACCGCCGCUCGCUGGGAUCCACGGGGCCAGCAGGCACUUUGCCCCGCAACUGGCAACCUGUCAGCCGCAUCCCCAUGCCCCCUUCGAGCCCCCAGCCCCGCGGUGCCCCCCGCCACCGCCCCAUCCCCCUCAGCAUGAUAUUCAAGCUGCAGAAUGCUUUCUGGGAGUAUGGGGCCAGCAGGGCCAUGCUUCCCGGCUCCCCUAUGUUCCCUCGGGCACCCCCACCAAAGCUACCUUCUCAGCCCCAACCACCACCCCAGCCCCAGCUGCACCCCCAGCCUCAUCUGCAGCCACAGCCCCACCCACAACCACAACCCCAUCCCCAACCGCAGCUCCCGGUCCAGCCACAGCCCCAGGUCCAGCCCCAACCACAGCCCCAACUGCAGCCCCAGUCCCAAUCCCCUGCUUCAGGCCCCCAAAUUCCCCAACAGACAUGGCCCCCUGUGAGUGAAGGCCCCCCUAGGACUCUUGCUGAGGUGGAGCCGGAGCCAGAGCUGGAGGGCCUGCUGACCCCGGUGCUGGAGGCUGGUGAUGGGGACGAGGGUGCCCUGACUCGGCCCCUCAGCCCCACGCGGCUGCAGCCAGCGCUGCCCCCUGAGGCACAGUCGGUGCCUGAGCUAGAGGAGGUGGCUCGGGUGCUGGCGGAGAUCCCACGGCCCCUCAAACGCCGGGGCUCCAUGGAGCAGAGCCCAGCCGUGGCCCUGCCCCCCACCCACAAGAAGCAAUACCAGCAGAUCAUCAGCCGUCUCUUCCACCGCCAUGGGCCGGGCCUGGGGGGCCCAGAGUCUGAGCUGUCUGCCAUCACAGAGGGCUCUGAGGCCAGGGUGGGACCCCCGGCCCCUGCACCGCCGGCUCCCCUCCCACCGCCGGCCCCACCCCAGAGCAGCCCGCCAGAGCAGCCUCAGAACAUGGAGAUGCGCUCACUGCUGCGGAAAGUGGGGUCCCCACGCAAGGCCCGUCGCGCGCGCCUCAACCCGCUGGUGCUGCUGCUGGACGCGGCGCUGACCGGGGAGCUGGACGUGGUGCAGCAGGCGGUGAAGGAGAUGAAUGACCCGAGCCAGCCCAACGAGGAGGGCAUCACGGCCCUGCACAACGCCAUCUGCGGCGCCAACUACCCCAUUGUGGACUUCCUCAUCGCUGCGGGCGCCAACGUCAACUCGCCUGACAGCCAUGGCUGGACGCCGUUGCACUGCGCGGCCUCGUGCAACGACACAGCCAUCUGCACGGCGCUGGUGCAGCACGGCGCGGCGAUCUUCGCCACCACGCUCAGUGACGGCGCCACGGCCAUUGAGAAGUGCGACCCCUACCGCGAGGGCUACGCCGACUGCGCCACCUACCUGGCAGACGUGGAGCAGAGCAUGGGGCUGAUGCACAAUGGGCUGGUGUACGCGCUUUGGGACUACAGCGCUGAGUUCGGGGACGAGCUGUCCUUCCGCGAGGGCGAUUCGGUCACCGUGCUGCGGAGGGACGGGCCGGAGGAGACCGACUGGUGGUGGGCCUCGCUGCAUGGCCAGGAGGGCUAUGUGCCCCGUAACUACUUUGGGCUCUUCCCCAGAGUGAAGUCCCAGAGGAAUAAGGUCUAG